UUGUGAUUUCAUGGCCUGCAAUACAGCUCCAUUGACUUGUGCCUGAUUUAUGCUUCCUUUUUAUGUACUUCUUAAAACACCACAACACAAUUCUAAUUUUCUUUCUCUUCCAAAACAAUUUCAUAUAUGCUUUCUUCCCACAACUUGAUUCUUUUGUCAAGAGUGUAGGUUGUAUCAAGAAUUUCUUAGCUUAAAUACCUAAAAUUAUAUAUGGCAACAAAACCUAAAGAGAGUAGUACACUUGUUGGGAAAGAGAAGAAGAAGGUCCCAUCUUCUACUUCUAUCCCUACACCAACCAAAAGGAUCGCAAAACCAUCCACAGCCAUCAAAAGUAACUCAACCACCCCAUCAGAGAAAAACAGUCCAAGCUCUCUAAAACCUACAACAAAUUUCAGACAGACCAAAACUGAGCCUGCAAACAGCCCAAGCUCUCUAAAACCUACAACAAACUUUAGGCAGACCAAAACUGAGCCUCCAAUUAAGCCUCCUGCAAUAAGAAGAAGAUCAUUUGAUAAACCACUCUCAUCUUCAAACUUAACAACACAACCCCCUCCUUCAAGACUACAUAAAGCUCUUGUAUCUCCUGGUCCUAGAGAAAGAUCUACUUCACUAAACACUAGAUCUCCCAAUGUUCCGGUUAAAAGCGUCAACCCUUUAAAACCUAUUUCAGAAAAGACACCAAGUGAUGCAAAAACUAAGCUAGUAUGGAAAAAGGCUGCAAAGAAGAUCACAGCCCCUAAUAGCAAUAUUCCUAAUUCUAAUGCUACAAAGAAGGUAUCUAAAGAUGAUCAUGCGGCUUCUGUUAGUCCUGCAAAGACCAAAUCUGUCGCUACAGAUAAAGAUUCAUCAACUGUUGAAACUGAAGAUGUUAAGGAAGUUAAAGAAGUUGCAAAUGAAGAAGUUAAAGAAGUUGCAAAUCAAGAAGUUGAGGUGAUAAAAGUGGAGAAUGAAGAACCUGCAUCUCAUGAGAAUGUUUCAUCAGAUGUCAACUCUGAAAUAGUACAUGAGCAUGAACAUGAACAUGAUAAUCAAGUUCUCGAGGAUUCUGGCACACCUCAAAAUCAAGUUGAUGAUGAGAAAGUCAUUUCUACAGUUUCAGAAGAAGCGGAAAAGGAGUCACAGGAAGAGAAACAUGAAGUUGAGCAUGAAGAGAAACAUGAAGUUGAGCAUGAAGAGAAAGAGAACAAUGAUGGGAAUCAACCAGAAGAAGUUAACCAUUCUGAGGUUGAAAGGGAAGAAGGUGUGAAUGAAAACGAACAAAACGAAAGUGUGAUUGUUAAGGAAGAUGAAAAAAGCGAGACCAGUGAAGAACAGGGAAGAGAAGAAAAGGAAACUGUUGAAGGAGGGGUAAGUGAAGAAGUUAAAGAAGUUGAAGUAGAAGCUAAGGCUGAGGUAGCGAAACCGAAGCAACAAGUAGCAGGAGGGGGAAACGGGAAGAAGGAAUCUCAAGUAUCUAAUGACAUGAUUGAGGAGACUGCAAGCAAGCUGUUGGGGAGGAAGAACAAGGUCCUUGCAUUGGCUGGAGCAUUUCAAACUGUCAUUGAUCAUCAAGCCAAAUGAUCCAUGCAUAUGCAUGUCAAGUGAGACUACUUUGCUGUCAGAUGUAUUUUAUGUGAGACUAUACUUUUGCUGAAACGAUUCAUGGAAGGGAGCAGUUUUGGAGAGAAAUUAGAGUUAUAAUUGUUUAAUUGAAAAUUCAUUUGUUGAUCUUUAAAAAACAUUGUUAUAUGUAUGUAUGUGUGUGGCAAUUACAAUUUCAACUAUUGAUUUUUCAAUUA